AAACGCUUUCCCCGCCAUUUGUGCAGCUAACUCCCUUCCCGCUCGGUGACUGUAAAGGAGCGGACCCUUUGACAGAACAAAUCCCACACGUACAACACGCUGACUGAACCGCCCACUCAACCAAAAGGACCCGAACCGAGACAGAGAAUGGAUAAGUGUCAUCUCACUCAGGAACCGAUACGGAUAGUUUAAUUAAUUUAAACUCUGCAAGUAUAUAUAUAUAUAUAUUUCUUUUAGAAAUUUCGCUGCUGAACACCACGAUGUCAUUUUCCCUUGUGCAAAUGUAAAUCCUUAAGUAUUUGGACAAGAUUGGACCUUGAUCAAACACCUAUCAAUAAAACUCCAACUCCGUGAGGAAGAAAGAGCAGAAGAAAGGAGGUGAAGAGAUGGAGAAAUCAAACGGCUUUUCUCCGGACCGAAACGUCCUCUGCCUGUUUGACGUGGACGGUACACUGACACCACCAAGAGAAAAAAUUGACCCAAAGCUGGAUGAGUUCUUCCAGACCCUGAGGAGGAAAGUGAAGAUUGGCGUUGUCGGGGGGUCGGACUACCCCAAGAUAGCAGAGCAGCUCGGGGAGGGUGAUGACGUGAUACACAAGUUUGACUAUGUGUUUGCUGAGAAUGGAACAGUUCAGUACAAAGAUGGAAAACUCCUCUCAAAACAUGCCAUCCAGAACCAUCUUGGAGAAGAUCUGCUGCAGGAUCUGAUCAAUUUCUGCCUCAGCUACAUGGGACUCAUCAAGCUGCCAAAGAAAAGGGGGACGUUUAUUGAGUUCAGGAACGGUAUGCUUAAUAUUUCUCCCAUCGGUCGGAGCUGCACACCAGAGGAGCGAAUUGAAUUUUCUGAAAUUGACAAGAGAGAGAAGAUCAGGGAAAAGUUUGUUGCUGCCCUGAAAGAAGAAUUUGCUGGAAAGGGACUACGCUUCACUAAAGGUGGUCUCAUCAGUUUUGAUGUUUUCCCUGAGGGCUGGGAUAAGAGGCUGUGUUUAGAGCUGCUGGAGAGCGAAGGCCUGGACGCCAUCUACUUCUUCGGCAAUGAGACUUCAGAUGGAGGAAAUGACUAUGAAAUUUUCAACGAUCCGCGGACCAUCGGUUUCACAGUUUACUCUCCCGAGGACACGGCCAGACUCUGUCGGGAACUUUUUUUUGAGGCUUCACCGCAGGACUCCUGAUCCCUACCCCUACAAGCCUCUCUGAACUGGAUAACAACCAGAAUCUUGAGUCCAGCCUAUUUAUGAACUGCUAAAAAGGUACUACUACUGAUCUCUUCAUAUCUUUACUGAAUGUUAAUAACACAGCAGCGAGGUGAUUUUACAUUUACUUGAUAAAUUGCACCAUUUUUAUCUUAAAAAAGGGACAGUAUUUCAUGUUGCCAUGUUAAAUUUAAGUACUGUGCCAGAAGUCGUGUUUGACUGCUGUGAUGUGCAGCAUUUUAACCUAAAAUGAACCAGAAAUGCUUGGGAGAGAAUCUAAAAAUGAAUAGUUAAUCUUUGAGAUUACUUCAAGUAAUAAGUUAUAUUUGCACUAAUGGUAUGAUUUUAUUCAGUAUUCUGUAUUAUGUAUACCACUGCAGGAGACAAGAGGAACAAAAGAAAGUGAGAUUAAAAUGUGAUUCACCAUUUUAGAACAUGAGGGAUUUUUUCCUUCUCGGUUGAGGGAACAUUCCUGGUUUUUUAAAUGUCUGAACUGGAAUUUUGUUUAUUGUUUACUGUGAUCCCAAGUGUCAAAUGUCCGUUCAAAACAUACAAAGCUGCUGAAUAAAACAAAAACUUGCAUGUGUUUAUUUUCUGCUUAACAAACACAUUCAAGGAAAAACUGAAUCCAUUUAUAUAUAAAUAAUUAUCUUUUGUUAUAAGAUGAAGGUACUGGGGUCAUUUUUACAGAAUAACCUUUAAAGACCCUUUAAAAACUGCAUGCAUUGAUCCUUAAAAUAUAUUUAAAUCUACUCUGAGUUUGACUCAUCGCAGACAGAUGUGUUGUAAUCAACCUAAACUGAACAGAUGAUUAAAAAGUUUUGUUUCUUAGCUAAAUUUCAGAGCUAAUCUAUUUGCUUGUGGCAAUAUUUUAUGAAAUGUACACUCUUUAAAGUGUUUUUUAUCAACUUAAUAAAUUGAAAGUUUCCUUUCAGUUCUAUUUUCAUACUAAUAUCCUGCUCUUUUAUCAUGGGUCACUGUUUCAGAACAUACUGGUCCAUAAAUACAGCGUUAUUCUGAUUAUAAGGCCUUUUGAAAAGCCGUUUAGAUCGGCUGUAGUUCUGACUUUGACUGUAAACACUCCUUCAGCACGAAGGGCUCUGAUGAUCAUGUUGACUCCCGUGCACAUCUGAAAAUGACAUUUUAAUGUGAGUUAAUGUGUAAGAUUGACCAUGUUAUGCAAAGAAACAUGUCCGCUCGUUGUAAUAAACCAUUUUUUUGGUUGCCA